GAGUUGGCAUCGCUGGUCACGCCGCUGCACGGAGACAGUUAUGAACAGCAACUGAAGUACCAUAUUGCGGGAGGCGAGUGACAGGGUGUACAAUUAUCUCUAAGGUCCCUCAGGGUGUAUCGAACAAAUGGGAGUCGAAAUUGAGACAAUAACCCCUGGCGAUGGGAGGACUUUCCCUAAAAAAGGACAGACGUGUGUCGUGCAUUAUGUUGGCUCACUGACGGAUGGACGCAAGUUUGACUCAUCCCGUGACAGUGACAAGCCCUUUAGGUUUAAAAUAGGAAAACAAGAAGUGAUCCGUGGCUGGGACGAGGGAGUCGUGCAGAUGAGUGUCGGUCAGAGAGCCAGGCUGACCUGCUCGCCUGACUUUGCUUACGGGGCGAAGGGUCACCCGGGGAUCAUCCCACCCAACGCCACCCUCCUCUUUGAUGUUGAGCUACUAAGCCUUGAAUGAAGCAUCCCCACUACCUAUUUUCUUUAUUUAAAAAUAUUGUCACUUCCAACCUUGGAAACAUAUAGAGAAGAUAGGAGAGUCUACACUUGAUUCUAUAAGAGGCUUGAGUCUAUAGUUCCAACACUUUGGUCAAUAUUUUAUCCAUGUAUACAAAAUCAGUGUUUUUGUCAGUAGCUAGGUUUCCAUCCAAUUGGUGACAGAUUUUCAUGCGAAUAUUCUAAAAUCUAGAUUUACUCACCAGAGAUGCGUGAUGACAUAGUACACAUAAUUACUGUUGCAGCUAAUUUCCCAUAUACCAAUUUUUUUUAAAGAAAAAAAUGGGUUUCCAUGCAUUUUUAACUCUAAUUAUGUUUUUUUCCACAAAUGUUGCAGUAUAGUAAAUGUGCCCACUCUGGUAUUGGCACAUGUGCUCUAGCCAACAGUUUACAGAUACAGUGUGGGUAUAGCCUACAAAAGAGCUAGAUUAUAUGUAUAUAUUUUUCAAACGGCAGCCAAGCAUCGAUCAUAAUGUCACCAGAAUUAAACCCUCAAUAUUUAUCAAGCUAAUCACCGUGCACUUUCACCACCCUGUGAAGUUCAUUAUAACUGGUUUUAUUUGUAGCCUAAUAAACUGCAUGCUUUCCCGAGUUGUAGUGGGAGGACCACGCAACAUAUCAUCACGUGACUUCGAGAUGAUAGUUAUCAAUAUUUGCGCAUAAAAGCAAUUCCAUUGCCAUUUCUCGCAUAAUACAUUUUACUGACACAUAAAGAUCCCACCUUGUGUAGCGUAUUUUGUUUUGUCGACAUUUGGAAAGUUCACAGAAAAAUGUACUGUUUCCACCAGGCCUGUGACAUUUUCUAACCAACAUAAAAAGGUUGGAUGGAAACCUUGUUACUCAGUUAUUUUUUUCUUUCAAUUCACCCUCUUAAACACCUAUGAGCCAUAACCUUAAAAAUCUUGAUGUUCUUAUUCUUGAAUUUUUGAAUUGUGCUUUACUUUUCUUUGUUUCUCAAAUUAUUGGUUGUGCAUGGUUAUGAGUAAUACAAAAUACCAAUGAAAUAUUAGCAGCGACAUUCAUCUGUUUGUAAGAGUACCUAUUACUAACAUGGAGGACUGGUGCUUGAGUAAAUCUUAAAGGGGAAAAUGCACUUAAACAAUCUUUUGGUAAUUAUUUUUUUAGUCCAUUGUUGAUUCAGUCCCAAAAAUGUUUUGCACGUCAAGUUUCAAGAUAUUGGACUUUCAAGAAACAAAGUGUCACCGGCCAUAUCAUGAUUAUGAAAAUGCUUAGAUUUGUUUUUGAGUGGAUUUUCUCUUUUUUUUAACUGAGGAACAAAAUGAAAAGAAUAUGAAAAGCACAUAUUUGCAUCCACACCUCUCCCAGCUGAAAGUAGAACAAAUAUUAAUUGAUUUGGUUUAGUGUAAUGUUGAGUGGCAUAAGUGUAGUAAAAUAUUGAGUUGUGGGAUACCUAAAAUAAGAACUUUGUUUGAUACGUAAUUUAUCCAGACCUUUCAUAGUGAUUCUUUCAUUUUGAUUGUUAAUUUUAUUAGGAGCUAGUGAGCAUUCUGCACAGGGGAAGUAGUACAGUAGACAAUUCUUGUAUCCUAUGUGUGCAUCUCUUUACCAGACACACAACCACAAACUAGCCCGGUCUACAUGUUAAUAAUAUCCUGAUCUAUAGGUGUUAAUGCCUUGCAUUUGAAUCACUUUUUCUUUCCAAGUCAAAUCUUUAACCCCACUGAGAGCUUUAAACAUAUUAGUGCAAAGAUGGGGGCACUGUAUUGAUCCAGUUCUCGGGCGCGCCAUAACAUGUAAUUAGAUGGUUAUCAUCUACAACAUUGCAGAUGUCAUCUGGAGGCUUGAAUACUGAGUCAGCGAGGCAAGGUAAAAUAUCACAAAUAGAGCUAGAUAAAGGCAGAAAAAUGAUAUACUUCUUAAUCUUAAACAGCUAUAACCAUCAGUCUUGUGUUUUUUUCAUGGUCAUCACUCACUCGCUGUUAAGUUUUCCAAGGUCCCGACAUCGGCAUUAGCUGUUCUGCUAGGUUUUUUUUUUAUACGUCGGGAAAGUGACCUUUGAUGGUCAACAGAAAAUGGCUAUGUAGUAUACUCUCAUUAGUUGGAGUAGUGAUUAUGCUUUUCUUAGAAGUGAAAUGCCUGAAUUUUGGGGUUGUGGAAUCGAUUGUCACCUCCCCCACCUUAUUUUGUUUCACAAAUUGCCAUUAUAUUUUUCCGGUGCCAACUUAAUUGCCAACUUAAUUGGCAUCUGAAUACUGUACCUGUAAUGUAAAGUAAUGUAAAAUAAUUAUUUUGUCAGUGUCAUUAGUAAGACUGACCACACUGCCUAAAUGAAAUGCUGUGUUGUUGUAGUCUGGUGAUAGAGGCAUCCAUGUUUUGUAUCACAUUAAAUAAAGCAUGUUGAAAUAAUGUUAAUUUUAUCAUUCAGAAAGCACUUUUUCAGAUGCUGGCCAUCAUUGUUCUUAAUGUUACAGCUUUCUAGGUGUGUGGCACAAAUGGUCCUCCUAUGUAUUGUCUAUUUGUGUGCCGAGUUACAUACGCAGGCAAAACCAAUGAUGAAAUAAAAAAAAUGUG